AUGGGUCUUGGAGUACUGGAAGAUACGAAACUUGCGCAUGUCCCAGGCACCAUCGAUAUCUACGAACAAAACAGCGAUGCGAGCGAUCAGACCCCAGGCGGUCCAGGUCUCAAAUGCGACUGGUCGGGCAACCAGCCAAUUAUCCUCGUUCCGCAACCGAGCGACGACCCAAACGACCCUUUGAACUGGCCAUUAUGGCGACGCGAUAUGAUCCUUGCUAUCCUCUGCUCCGUAACCAUCCUCUGCACAUCCCUCAGCUCUAUCCUCGCCUCGAAUACAGUUGCCAUUGCAGAUUACGAAGAAAUUAGUUUCACAACAGCGGCCCUGUUAACUGGGUAUCACCUUUGUGGUGUUGGCGUGGCGGGUAUUCUCAUCGUGCCGACGGCUCGAGUCUGGGGUAAACGUCAUCUGUUCCUAAUCGGGAAUAUCUUGAUGAUUAUCAGCUGUAUCUGGGCUGGGGUUAGUGGCAAAAACGUGAAUAGUCUCAUAUGGGCACGGAUAUUCCAGGGUGUUGCAUUGGCUCCGUUUGAGGCGCUGGUCAAUGCCUGUGUUGGCGACCUUUAUUUCGUUCAUGAACGAGGAAAGCGAAUGGCUGUAUCCAAUGUUGCACUCUUUGGCGCGGCCUUUCUGACUCCCGUUGUAGUGGGCAAGAUCACCAAGUCCAUGGGAUGGCAGUGGUCUUUCUACUUUGUGGCAAUUUUCCUCGGUGCUUCAUUGCCAUUGAUGUUCUUUUUCGUGCCUGAAACUGCCUUCCGGCGCUCUGCUUACUUGAAUAUCGACUUCAAGCAAAGCGAUGGGCAGGGUGAGUCCAUGGAAUGUCAUAUUCCGCUCAAUGGAGCUUCUAAUAAUGAUACCAAAGAGCUUGGAUCAGACUCCAACGGCCUGGACGCAAUCUCGAGGACCGAAGCCGUGAAAAAAGUACCCGAGAAGGAUUCUUUUGCUAAAUCGCUUAGGCUUUUCAAUGGACGAAAGACAGAUGAAAGCUUCUUCAAGCUGCUCCUUCGUCCAUUCCCCUUGUUCUUCCAUCCAGCCAUUCUCUGGGCUUGUCUGAUCCAAGGCGCUGUCAUCGGAUGGGCGGUCUUCGUGGGUGUGGUUCUAGCAAUCGUGUUCCUCGGACCUCCAAUGUGGUUCCAGGAAGACCAGACCGGGUAUCUUUACACAGGUGCUUUCAUUGGCUCCAUUGUGGGUCUCAUAUUGUCUGCUCUGCUUUCUGAUUCUAUCAACAAGUUGAUGAUCCGACUCAACUGCGGCAAAUACGAGCCUGAAUUCCGGAUCCUCUUGGUAAUUCCCCAACUCAUUUUCUGUGGCAUCGGAAUCUAUGGGUUCGGAUGGACUGCAAACGAUGUGAUGCAAUAUGGCUGGCUUCUACCAGACGUCUUCUUCGCAUUCUUGAUCGUCGGUAUGGUGAUGGGCGCUGUAGCUGCUUCACUAUAUAUCGUCGAUGCUCACCGCGAGAUGGCCGUCGAGGCAUUUACCUGCAUGCUGGUUUUCAAAAACAUGUUCAGCUUUGUUCUGACAUUUUUCGCUUAUAAUUGGUUUGCCCACGGGGGAAUCAAGCAUACCAUGACUAUCAUCGGUAGCAUACAAGUGGGCAUCUGCCUGUUGAGUAUCCCCAUGUAUGUGUUUGGGAAAUGGAACCGGUCUUUCUUUGCGCGUUAUGACAUCCUUGACAUGCUUCAUCUCCGGUAA